AUGCCCUGUGGCCGCGCCCCAUCGCCGCGGGUGCUCCUGCCUUGCAGCCGUGCCCCAUCUCCACGGGCGCCCCAUCUCCGUGGGUGCCCCAUAUCCGUGGGUGCCCCUGCCACCUUCACGGCUGCCCCAUCUCCGUGGGUGCCCCAUCUCCACGGGCGCCCCAUCUCCGCGGGUGCCCCAUCUCCGCGGGUGCCCUAUCUCCAUGGGUACCCCAUCUCUGUGGGUACCCCAUCUCCACGGGUGCCCUAUCUCCGUGGAUACCCCAUCUCUGUGGGUACCCCAUUUCUGCAGGUGCCCCGUCUCCGCAGGCGCGCCAAUUCCAUGGGUGCCCCUGCCAUCUCCACGGGUGCCCCAUCUCCAUGGGUGCCCCAUCUCCGCAGGUGCCUCAUCUCUGUGGGUGCCCCUGCGAUCUCCAUGGGUGCCCCCGCUAUCUCAAUGGGUGCCCCCGCUAUCUCAAUGGGAUGCCCCAUCUCCACAGGUGCCCCAUCCCCAUGGGUGCUGUAUCUCUGA